CCUUAUUUGCUGGAGCCCCCAUCUCCGGUAUCUUCUUCACAGUCCUCCCUUUAUUCCCUUCAGCAUAGGAUCUGAGUUCGAAGAGAAACUUAGAUUUCUGGGUCCUUUUUUGGUUCUCCCUCUCUUUCCCCCUUCCUCUUCCCCUUUGACGUGGUCUACAGAUCUAAGAUUCGAAGGAAUCCAGAACUAAUUCAAGAUUGACCCUUUUUUUUUUUUCAGAAAUUUAGAGAUUGCCUAUUUACUUUCAAAUAAGAUGGAUUUUGUUUACAAAUUUCUUAAGCUUGUAAUAUCUUUCGUUGUUUGAUUAUUUUGGUUGGUGUUGUUGAUUAUAAUUUGAGUUCCGUAGAUUUGCUAUGGUGACUGAGUUCAUGAAUUGAGAUUGAAUCUUUGUUUUUGAUGUCACCGUUGCUGGAAUAAUCAAAGAAAACCAAGAAAUUUGCAACGAAAAUCAACUAGAAGUGGUUGAACUGCCAGUUCUAAAGACGACUUUUGUGAAGAAGAAAAGAACUCUGAAUUUUUUUUUUAUUAUUAAAUUUGCUUCUAUUUUUUGGAUGAUCUGAAGCCAUGGGUGAUUUGGGUUCCACUGAACCCAAUCAAGCCCUAGAGAGGAAUGGGGAAGAGAGCAAGGGUCCAGAAGAAUGGAAGACGGCAUUAGAGUUGAAGGAGAUAACACGGCGCUGAGAGGAGGUCCGGGGAAAAGAAGAUGAAGUUGGGGGUAUUUAUGUAAUUUUCAGGCUUUUUAUUUAUUAAAUAAUUAAAAUAUUU